AUGACCGCAGGCGCACAGGUUAUCGCCAACUCUGGCCACGAUGAUAUGAUUCACGAUGCAGUUCUCGACUACUACGGCAGGAGGUUAGCGACAUGCUCCUCGGAUCGCACUAUCAAGAUCUUCGAGAUCGAGGGCGAGUCACAGCGACUUAUCGAGACACUGAAGGGUACACACGACGGCGCUGUCUGGUGCGUAGCAUGGGCGCACCCCAAGUACGGCAACAUCCUCGCCUCGGCAGGCUACGACGGCAAGGUUCUUAUCUGGCGUGAGCAAGCCGGUAGCUGGCAGCGCAUCUUCGACUUUGCCCUACACAAAGCGAGCGUCAACAUCGUGUCCUGGUCUCCCCACGAAGCCGGCUGCCUCUUGGCCUGCGCCUCUUCCGAUGGCAACGUCAGCGUUCUCGAGUUCAAGGAUAACAGCUGGGAGCACAAGAUCUUCCAUGCCCACGGCUUGGGCGUCAACUCGGUCUCGUGGGCACCCGCCACCACCCCCGGCAGCAUCGUCAGCAGCAACCCUGGCCCCGGCUCAACGGGCAACAGGCGCUUCGUGACCGGCGGCUCCGACAACCUGCUCAAGAUCUGGACCUUCGACCCCGCGACGAACGGAUACAAGCUCGAGCGUGAGCCCCUGACGGGCCACACGGACUGGGUGCGCGACGUUGCGUGGAGCUCGACUGUGCUUCAGAAGAGCUACAUUGCGAGCGCCUCGCAGGAUAAGACGGUGCGCAUCUGGACGAGCGACGCGGCGAACCCGGGCGAGUGGAAGUGCAAGGUUCUCAACUUCGAUGCGGCCGUCUGGCGCGUCAGCUGGUCGCUCAGCGGAAACGUGUUGGCCGCCAGCAGCGACAACAACAAGGUCACACUAUGGAAGGAGAACCUCAAGGGUGAGUGGGAGAACGUCAAGACCAUUGAAGAGUAA